GUUUUGAAGAAAAGAGUCAUUCACUUUGUCAGAGAAGACUGUCACUCUCUAACAGUAUUGAAAGGCUCAUCUUUCUCUCUCUCUCUAUACCAGAGCACGCUUCUCGCAUUUGAGAAAGAAACCAGAACAAAAUACUCCCUUUUUUAGAAAUAUAUAAAAAUAUAAUUCGGCUGCGUCUGAUCUGUGUCUUCAAUUGGCCUUUUCCUUUCAAUUUCUACAAUUAUAAUAUGCAUUUUGUGGUGGUAUAUUGAUUGAAAAGGUGGAAACGUUGUAGAAGAAAUGCUUGAAUACUGCUUCGGAUUCAUCGAGGUAGACAGGAACACAUAUGGGAUGGAGGGCUGCACCAGAAAGAGUUAUGCAGAGAGAAGCAGAGAUUAGUGUCAGUGAUUCCCACAAGGUUCAUUUAUGGCAUCCACUGGCCUUGGCCAUGGAGGAGCAGGCAGUUCUAGAAGUGCUAAUGGAUUCAAGAGUUCAUCUAGUUCAGUUGACUGGCUGGGAAGAGAGAUGCUUGAGAUGAGGUUGAGAGACAGGGUGGACCAUGAUGAUGACAGGGACAGCGAACCAGAUAUAAUUGAUGGUGUGGGUGCAGAAACAGGGCAUGUUAUUAGAACCAGUAUUGGUGGUCGAAAUGGUCAACCCAAGCAGAAUGUCAGUUACAUAGCAGAACACGUGGUUGGAACAGGUUCUUUUGGUGUGGUUUUUCAAGCAAAAUGCAGAGAGACUGGAGAGAUUGUGGCAAUUAAGAAGGUUCUUCAAGAUAAGCGAUACAAGAACAGAGAAUUGCAGAUUAUGCAAAUGUUGGAUCAUCCUAAUAUUGUUGCUCUGAAACACUCUUUCUUCUCAACAACAGACAAGGAAGAAGUGUACCUCAACCUUGUCCUUGAAUUUGUUCCAGAAUCUGUCAAUCGUAUUGCAAGACAAUACAACAGAAUGAAUCAGAAGAUGCCAUUGAUAUACGUCAAACUCUAUACCUAUCAGGCAUGUCGUACUUGUCGCUGGAUGUAAACUCAUAGUUAGACA